UCCAAUCAGUUUAGCUUCUAAUAACUUGGCCAAGUGGAGUUUGUCGGGUAUGUAUAUUAUCACUUUCACUCGGGUUUGGUUUGGCAUAGUACGAGGUGUUGGUCCUAGUGGCUCGGUAAUGUCUUUAUGCAAACAGCUCCUUUCACCGACAGCAUGCCUAUUGUCACAGUCAUGGUUUAUAUGGAGGCAGCGGUGGACGUGAGGAUUACAUCCGUUUGAGGAGCACUGAUCCAGGCUGUGUUUCUCUCUGAGCCCCUGCCAGCCCAGCCAUGAGUUGUCUGGAUGUGAUGUUUUACCAGAGUUAUGGAGCUCACUACCUCCCUGCGUCUUCAGCAGCAGCGGCAGCAGCGUACAAAGCGGCAUACUACCAUCAUCAUCAGCACCAGCAGCAGCACCAGCAGCAGAAGAAGCUGGGUGUGUACAGUAGGAUGCAGCAGGACAGCGUGGAGCAGCAGUGUCCAGGGGGGAGACAGCAACAACAGCGUGGGGGAGGAGGGGGGAGACUGGCUGGGGAGCAAUGGGUCCAACGGGGCCUGGAGGGUUCUGGGCUGGGGGGCUGUGGGGGUACUGGGAAGGACAGCCAGCCAGCUGAGGCAGAGUACCUGAGCUCCAGGUGUGUCCUGUUCACCUAUUUCCAUGGUGACAUUGGGGAUGUGGUGGAUGAACAUUUCUCUAGGGCUCUGAGCCAAACCAGUGCCUUCACUGGAGAGACUAAGAGCUCCAGGAGCACUCCCAUACACACCUCUGCCUCGGCUGGAUUGUGGAAAGACAGUGUAUCUCUCUCGGAGGCCCAGUGUGGUUCACUGUCUUCCUCUCUGUGGGAUGGAGGUUACCCGUCCCAGACCAGCCCCUGUCUUUCCAUCCACCCAGACUUCUCCCCCAGCCCAGCAGCCUUCCAUGCCCCAGACUGUGCUCUGUGGACGGGCCACGCUCUGCCCCAGCCCAGCCUCCCUCCUCCAGCCUCUCUCCCGGACCCCUGGGCCUACAGCCUCAACCCUCAGACCUCUGCCAGCUACACACACGCCCACGAUGUCUACACACACACUCACCCUCACACACACAUGCACCCCCGCCACACCUACCCAGUAUUACAUCCCCACCUGUCCCAUGGCCCAGGCCUAGACCCCAGGUUCAGCCCUCUGCUCCUGCCUGGUGUAAAGACUCAGAGCCCCCUAGCCCACAGCCCUGCUGGACACAGCACACAGAGUGCCACACACAGCAGCCAGAGCCCAGGGAUACACAGGGAUGUGAAGAUAGAGGUGGAGCAGGCCAGCCCCAACCCCCCACCCUGACCCUCUCAGCCUGGCCAGCAGCUCUACACACACCCUUGGAUAUCUACGACUCAGGUCUGGACAAAGUCAAUGCUGUUUGGUUCUGAGAGAGAGGAUAUGACAUCACUGUGACAUCACCCUGGCACUGAGCUGUGAUCAGCUCUAACAGAACCCCCUGGAACCACAAACAUAUCCUGUGUACUCACUCUCUAGUAGAAUACUCUCUGCUCACUAGAAAAAGUCCAGGGUGGGUUUACAGAUGUAGGAUCUUAAUUUGAUCACUUUUUUAUUGAUGAGAAUUUUACUGCAAAGCAGGAAAUGCAAACUUGUAGUGUAUUUCAGUUUUAAAAAGGCUUCUAAAGUUUG